UUCACUUUCAUUUCAAUCAAGUCACUCAUUCCAAACACACGCUCGCUUCAUUCGUUGAUUUUCGCAAUUCCAACAUCGAUACCAAAUUCUCCCCAAAACAUACUUUCUAUCAAUAAAAAUGCAAUUCUUUCUCUCCAACUCGGCUGCAUUGGCAAUCAUUGCCUUCUCAACUUUGAAUACUAUGGCAGUUGCCGCUCCUGCUGGUGCAGUUGCCGAGUCUAGUUUUGGACUGCCCGCACCUACACCUACACCUACACCUGGUGCAAACCCGCAAAAUCCGACUGGCAUCGACUUUGGUGUCCUAGAUACAGAAAACAUCGUUAUGAAGGGGAACUGGGUAGCCUGGGUCGCUGACCAGGACUCAUGCACCUUCGGCGCAGACCUGGGCGUCAAAGAGAACGAGGCUUCGCCUUGUGGCAGAACUUUUACUCUACCCGGUCUCGAGGGACAGUAUUCUUUGCAAGGUUGCGGACUCGAAAACAACAUGUGGUUAACACGAGAUGAUAAACAGGUGGGCACAUGCACGUAUGAUGGCAAGAACUCGUUCGGCUGCGCAGGGGAGAACCCAAACUAUCUCGCUCGUCGCUGGCGCUGUGCAUUCAGCGACGAAUUCAAAAUGAGUUUGAACUCGAAGUGAAGACGAACAAUCAUAUGCUGCCAACCGGCCAGUCGGCAUAUGAAACUAUGUAAAGUCUAUAAA